GGAGGUAAACAAGAUGGCGACAACCUGACUGGCAAGAGUAAUACGAAGAGUCCGGAAAGAAAAUAAUUGAUAUGCAACUUGGUUUGAGUCACACUUUUGUUAUUUCGAAAAUGGACAUAUGAGAAGCAAAUAAAAGCCUGCAACUGAGCAAAGAUUCACGCGUGUUUUAGGCAUCCGGAACCAGGGUGGCAUGGAGGACACCUGAGGCUCAGAGGAGCACACUUUUGGACGGCUUGGUCUUCUUACAGAAGCCCAGGUGACACCGCUGCAUGAAGUUAGCAGUGGAAGUGUGUUUGGAUGAAGUCCAGCUGUACAGGCUUGUGUCCUAAGGCAGCAUGGAUCCUUGACAGAAAUGUUGUGCUACAUUGCCUUAAACCAGGGCUUGUUGCCCCUACAUAAGGCUGAAUUGUAUUAAAUCCAUACAUAGCUGAGCGUAGAAAACAAACAAAAAAUAUAUUUUUUCGUUGAAGUGCAUUUGUCUCAUACAAAAGGCACGUGAAACACUAAGACAGUAGACCCAAUACAUUUUCACCUUGAUGUGCAACUUUUGAUUUAAUAGAACAAUAAUGUUUACAAAUCUGGUCUGAUCCCCAUCCCAGCCUAAUUUCUCCCUCGCCCACGUUCAGUAUUUAUCAUUAUUACCUCUCAUUUUCGGGCCAAGAGGUUAACAUUGGAUUUCUCUCCGGCACCAAGAAGAUUUGUACUUUGUACAGGAGGCUCAAUCGGUGGAUCAGUCAUGAGUAUCGGAGAGAUACAUCACCUGAACUACCUGAAUGAAAAUGAACUGAUGGAGAUGGACACGUUCAUUCACCGCAUCGACUCCACUGAAGUGAUUUAUCAGCCGCGCAGGAAGAGAGCAAAGUUGAUAGGAAAGUACUUGAUGGGGGAUCUGCUGGGGGAAGGAUCGUAUGGCAAAGUGAAAGAGAUGCUGGACUCAGAAACCCUCUGCCGCAGAGCUGUCAAGAUACUGAAAAAGAAGAAGCUGAGGAGGAUUCCAAAUGGAGAAGCCAAUGUGAAAAAGGAGAUUCAGCUGCUAAGAAGACUCCAACACAAGAAUGUGAUUCAGUUGGUGGACGUUCUAUACAAUGAAGAGAAGGAGAAAAUGUAUAUGGUGAUGGAGUAUUGUGUGUGCGGGAUGCAAGAAAUGCUGGACAGUGUCCCGGAAAAAAGGUUUCCUAUAUUUCAAGCUCACGGGUACUUUUGCCAACUCUUAGAUGGCCUUGAAUAUUUGCACAGCCAAGGAAUUGUUCACAAAGACAUUAAACCAGGCAAUCUGCUGUUGACCACAGAUGGAGCACUUAAAAUCUCUGACCUGGGAGUAGCAGAAGCCCUGCACCCAUUUGCAGAGGACGACACGUGUCGCACCAGUCAGGGCUCUCCGGCCUUUCAGCCUCCGGAGAUUGCCAACGGCCUGGACACCUUUUCAGGUUUUAAAGUGGACAUUUGGUCAGCGGGAGUAACACUAUAUAACAUUACUACAAGUCUUUACCCGUUUGAGGGGGACAACAUCUAUAAGCUAUUCGAGAACAUUGGAAAAGGAGAAUUUACCAUUCCUGAAGAGUGUGGACCCCUCCUUUCAGACCUGCUGCGAGGAAUGCUCCAGUAUGACCCUGCGAAGAGGUUUUCCAUACAAAACAUAAGGCAACACAACUGGGUGCGCAAGAAACACCCUCCAACGGAGCUCCCCGUGCCCAUCCCCGCCAGCGCAGAGAGCAGGGACCCUUGGCGCAGUAUGACGGUGGUGCCCUACCUGGAGGAUCUCCACGGCUACACUGAAGAGGAGGAUGACGAGCUUUAUGACGGAGAGGACGAGAUUAUCUACACUCAGGAUUUCACAGUGCCAGGACAAGUGGCCGAAGAUCACGAGCUAGGGCUUGCAGACUACAGCCCACCUGUGGGCAAGCCCGUUUGUGUGAACGGGACAGAUGUGGGGUCUCUGAACAGCAAGGCUAAAACCGAACGCCGGUCUUCGUCCUCAUCUAACCCCUCACGCAAAGGGGUGUCCACAGCAAGCAAGAUCCGCAAGCUCUCCACCUGCAAGCAGCAGUGACGCCCCCCUUCUCUUCUCCAGUCUAUGUUGGCAGCAGCCCACUUGGCGGAGUUGUCCCCUGUCCUCCUGUCUGCAGCUGGCACGUUUUAAAUGCGCUGAAGUUGAUGCCCCUCGUUCGUGCACAGACCACCUGGCCUUGUAGAAACGUGUGCUCAGAGUAGAGUUGCAAAGGGGUGGAAAAUUUGCAGUAAAUUUCCAGGGAGUUUCUGGUAAACAUCCUUGAGAAAUUAAGUUUUGAAUUGAGGGUAAUGUAAUGGAAAGGUGUAUCAUAUUCAAGUAUGUUUAAACGUUUUGUUCAGUCAUGAGCAGACAUCCAUGCAAAAUUCAGCUUUGGAAAAAUAUUACAAGAUGAAAAAGCACCUUUUUUCCUGCAAAUUCACUGACAAUAUUUGUAAUUAGAAUUUGGGAGUUAUUUUGUCAAUAUACAAAGAAUCAGUUUCUUUUUACUCAAACAUACCUAUAAAGGGCAAAAUCAGAGAAACUGAAUUUUUAUUUUAUUUUUUUAGUGCUCGUUUUUAAAGCUGCAUAUGAAGUUCCUUGCCCACAUGAGGUCACUACAGUACCUUAUUGCGCCAUUUUUUCCCCCACUUAAGUGACAGUAUAUCUAAAAUUUGCUCAUAACUGAAAUUUUGGCUAACAAAAUGGCCCCGAACUCAAAAACUUUUUUCAUUUAGAGCAUUCAUUUCAUGAGCCUAAUAAUUUGCCAGUCAUUUUUUAAAAUUUCUUUCGGAUGAGAAAAAAAUUAACAUACCACGAGUCUAGCUGCCUCGAUUCAACCUUGGCGGAUUACCAUGACCAGGAUUACUGAAAAUCUACAAAAAAGGAAAAAAACCCUUAGCGAUCACAUUGGUAUUUUUUAUUGAUAUUGUGACAGUAUGUUAAAAAUGACUUUUGCAAUUGUGUCAUUAGAUAACGAUUUACAGAAAAAAAUGGAACGGUCAAACUACACAAUAUUUUGGGCUCAUCUCCCCAGAGCUGUACACUUUGGGAAAAUAUAUUUUAGCAUUAUUCUGACAGAAACGGCUAAAUUAAACGAGGUAAGUUUUUUUGUUUACACUCAAACCAGGCAUGGUUCCUUGACUUGUCGGUGGAAUUCAACCAAGCCUUGGCUUGUUCAGCCAUUAAUGGGGAGCGUAAACUGGGAUUAGACCGUAGUGAGACAGGUUCGUUUCAGAUAAUUGUUGCCACAGUAGUAAUUCAAAGUGAAAAAAGUUUUAUCCCCAGUGUGGGUUCUUGUGUGAACGUACAAAAGUCCCUUCUGAGCGAAUCUUUGACCACAAACUGAGCAGGCAAAAGGUUUUCCUCGUGUGUUCUCAUGUGAGUUGUUAAAUUACUCUUGAUUUACUUGCUCUAAACCACACACAAAGCAGGAAAAAAGGUUUUCUCCUGUGUGUGUGUGUGUGUGUGUGUGUGUGUGUGUUAUGCUUUACAAUUGAAUUACUGCUGCGACAACACAUCAGCAAAGUAAAACGAACCUGUCUCACGACGGUCUAAUCCAGUGAUUGCCAACCAGUGUGCUGUGAGACCAUCAGGGUUGUUGUAGGAAAUGAUCCAAUUCCACUUGUCCAAAAUUAAUUACAAAUGUAUCUGUGCUCAUCUAUGUCAGUGACUUGUAGUGACAGGCAGAACAAAUAUAUGCUCUUCCACUAGAUGACGGAAGGUACAACCUAUGUAACCACCUGUUGCCUUUCAUGCACUAUAUUGCCAAAAGCGUUUGCUCACCUGUCUUGACUUGCGUUUGAUUUUAAGCGAUAGCCCCUUCUAAAUCCAUAUGGUUUGUGAUGUUGGUCUACCCUUGCAGCUAUAACAGCUUCGUCUUGUAGGAAGGCUUUCAACAAAGUCUAGGAGUGAGUCAUUCUUCCAGGAACAUAUUUGUGAGGUCACACACUGAUGAACGAGAAGGCCUGGCUCACUGUCCACUCAAAAUCAACCCAAAGGUGUUUUAUGGGGUUGAGGGCAGGGCUCUGCAGGCCAGUCAAAUACAUUCAUACCAAGUCUCAUCCUUGCUUUGUGCACUGGUACACAGACAUGCUGGAAUAGGAAGGGGUAAUCCCCAAACUGUUUGUCCAAAAUAUUUUUGUAUGCUGAAACGUUCAGUUCCUUUCACUGCAUAAUAUUUUGGUCAUUUCCAACUUUGUGGAAACAAUUUGGAGAUUGUCCCUUCCUGUUCCAACAUGACUGUGCAUCAGUGCACAAGUCAAGGUUCAUAAAAAUAGUUUGAUGUGGCUGAACCUGACUGGCCUGCACAAUCCUGACCUCAACCUGAUAGAACACCUUUUGGAUGAAUUGGAGCGUCGACUGAGAGCCAGGCCAUCUUGUCCAACAUCAAUGUGUAACCUUACAAAUUCACUUCUGGGGAAAUAUGGUCAUAAUUCCCAUAAACACACUCAUAAACCUUGUGGAAACCUUCACAACAGACUUUAAGCUAUUAUAACUGGAAAGGGUUGACUGAUUGUCAUAUUAAACCCUAUAGCUGAAGAAUGGGAUGUCACUUGAAAUCACAUGUGUCAAGGCAGGUGAGCGAAUUCUUUUGGCAAUAUAGUGUACAACAGACUAAUAGUUGUUUGUCAAGACGUUAUAUACCUGGUGAGAGUGAACAUAACUUGAAAAAACUUUUUUUUUUUUUUUUCAGGAUUAUGCUAAAAUAUAUUUUGCAACAGUAUCUUGGGGGGGGGGGGUUGAUUACACGCAAUUAAACACUGGCCCCCUUCAUUUUCUGCAAAUGCUAUGAGGCUUGAGAUACGACUAAUUCGUUCCAUGACUAUGCUUGUUUCUUAAAACGGAUCUCAAAUCACCUUUCCCCGUUGAAAUAAAUGGAAAUGCAAUUAAUCUGUUCCAGCCCCCUCAAAAACGGGUUUUUGGGAAGUGUUUAGGAAAAAUUGUAGUGUACUGUUUAAAAAAAUAAAAAAAUACAAAAAAAUAAAUAAAAAUUGAAAUCACUAAUAACCUUCGCCCUCCACAUAAACUGCAGUUUUUCUUUAACUUUGAGACUUGAAGGCUUUGGAGGUUGAUUGAAUGAUACGUGUAACCACUUGAUUUUUUUAGUCGCUGCACUCGCACACUGAGAGGGUCAACGUACCUUUCAUGGGUUUCGUUGCCAUCUCUGCUGUUAUGAAAGUCUUCCUCCAGUCAAUCUGUGACUGGUUCGUGUAUUCUCGAAGAUUACCCUCCUGGUCACUUCCAGUCGUCGUGAAAGUCGUUUGUGUCUGCGUGACCUAUUCUGCUGCCCCCCGGUGGACAGGUGAAUGCACAAACUGUUUAAUUCUUGAAUUUCUAUUUAGUUUUAUUUUCCCUAGCUAAAAAAUGCAUUGCAAAAUUGUUUUGUUUUGGGGGAGGCUGGAGCGGAUACAUGGCGUUUCCGUACAUUGCUAUAGGAAAGAUUAAGAUUUUGAGUUACAUGGUCACUGAACGAAUUCCGUAUCACAAGGCACCACUGUACAGUAUUUGAAUGUAGGGGUUGUCAGUUUAUAAAGUCCAACAAAUGUUCAAUUUACUCAAACAAUUAUAAAUGGCAACAUCAGAGAAACUGAUAACGUUGCACUGGUCUCCGUCCCCCCAAGAGCUGUAUUUAAGUUCCCGCUUGAGAGCCAAUGUUCAAUUUGGUAACUUCACAAUUUCUUCCUGUAAAUUCCCAUGGAAAGAUUCCAACCUGGAAGUUUGUGGAUUCCUACCUCUGAGGGACAGUGAGAAGAGUAGGACGCUGCAAUGAUUCUCCUUACUCCAAGACAAGGAAAAGCGCUCACCAACGUCAGUCACUUUCCUCUUGCAUGUCAUCUCUCUGUCAACUCCCGAUGUCGUCCGCCGGCCCCUUUCAUGCUGUCUCCCCUCUCUCCAAAUGUCGCACUGGACUUUGACGAAGCCCUCACUCAUCUUCUGUUUCAUCUUUGCCGCUCUGUAGCAGAUGGGCAGAGCGGGGGGGUAGCCUGAGUAAGGAGAUGUUCAUCCACUAGGUGGGGGCAAGGCGGAGGUGGACUCUGAGCAGAGAGCGUAGUGGGCACCGGCGUGGCGGCAUCAUAACGACUUCAGUUUGCAGGCCUCUGUUAAAAAGGUGUUUUUUGUUGUUUUUUUUAGAAAACGUAUUCACGGAAUCUGUAAAAGUGGCUUUGGACUACCUUUUUGUUUUGACAGAACCUUAUAGUUGUUUAGAGGCACAUUGUGACGUGUGAGGGGGAGAAUAUUAAGGAAAAGAAAACAUGAUCAAUCAUUCUAUUUGUAAAUGCGUAUGAAAAGGCUUUUGAGAAUUUAUACGAUGUUCUUUAUCCAUCUUAAGGCCCAUGCUGUAGUACACUUUGUCUUCACUAGUAAGACAAUUCAGUGCACUAGUAGAAUGACUUGGUUUUUUUUCCACUACUAGUGCCACUUUUUGCCUACUAGUAUGCAAUUAAUCCUUACUCGUAAAUUACUGUAAACUUGUAAUAAUUUUGUGCCAUAUGUGUAACUGUGUAGUUGUACGACAGUCUUUGAAUCCAUUUUCUGUACCGCUUAGCACCAAAAUCCCCACUAGUAAUUUUGCUUCACCAGUAACUCAGUCCUACUAGCCAGCAGCAAAACGUUACUAGCGCAGUCAUUGUACUUUUGUGCUGAAUCGUCUUAUUGGUAAGGACGAAGCGCAUAUGAGUCCAUGGACCUUAAAGGAUAUCCAAUAAAUGCUCAAAUGGUUUUCCAUAAAUCUGUGACACGCUAAUACUCUACUACCACCAACAUCCAACCUGCAUGCUGUACAAAGCUGGAAGAGGAGGACAGACGGACGGACUGAUUGUCUUGUGGGGGGAGUUUUGGUUUCCCUUUUAGUUUUGUUUUUCCAAUGAAGAUUUUUUUAUUAUUUAUAUAAAAAUGUCCCAAAAGUCUGUUUUGUUGAAUUUA